AUGGAGGGCUCUUUGUCCCCGGAAGGAUGUUCCGCUACAAGCUGUACGUUUGGCCACAGGGGCGAAAGGGAAGACUCCUCUCUGUUAGGCAGGCGGCUCUCGGAAGACUCGAGCCGCCACCAGCUGCUGCAGGAGUGGGCGAACAUGUGGAGCUCCAUGAGCGGAGACGCCUCGGUGGCCUGCUCUGAAAGGACGCGGCGCGAGGAGGCUGCGGAGCCGGCGGAGGGGCACAGGCCGCUGGUGUUUCUGUGCUCGCGCUGCCGGCGACCGCUGGGAGACUCGCUGAGCUGGGUGGCGAACCAGGAAGACACCAACUGCAUCUUGCUGCGCUGUGUUACCUGUAAUGUUUCUGUGAAUGAGGAACAGAUGCUAUCCAAACGUAAACAUGAUAAUUGUUGCAUCCUGCAGACUUUGUACUGCACAGGUUGUUCGCUCAGCCUCGGCUACCUGUACAGGUGCACACCCAAGGAUCUAGACUGCAAGAGGGACAUGUUCUGCCUUAGUGUUGAAGCCAUUGAAAGUUAUGUUUUAGGGUCAUCUGAAAAGCAAAUUGUGUCAGAAGACAAAGAGCUUUUUAAUCUUGAAAGUAGAGUUGAAAUAGAAAAAUCUCUAAAGGAGAUGGAAGAUGUUUUGAAAGCCUUGCAAACAAAGCUUUGGGAGGUCGAAUCAAAGCUGUCCUUUACCAGUUGUAAAAGCUGA